AUGGCAUGCAUUCUCCUCUAUAGCCGAGUUGCGCCGUCUUCAUAUAGGCAUACCAGGACAUGCAUCUGCAUAUUUUCCCUAUCUCUAUCACUAUCAUAUAUAUGCUACUGUCUCUUAUUUUCUUCUGAUGCUAUCAUGCAAAAACCAAGUGAUCCAACGCAGAACUGCCUGCGCCUCAGGAGUGAUGGAGGCAAAAAACUUCAGCAAAAAUCUCCUUACUGCACUUUGCCAUUGAACGCGAGAGGGACAAGGGAAAUAUCUCUCCAUGAAGCGAACCAAAGCAACGCCUCGGUUAAUCUCAACACAGUUCGGAAUAACACAUCAGACCGUCCUACCACUAACAACAUGGGCAGUGGGAAAUUCGGGAAUAAGAAGUUGCCAAAUGCCAUCAUUGUCGGUGUUAAAAAGGGCGGCACAAGAGCUGUCUUGGAGUUUAUAAGAAUCCAUCCGGACGUACGAGCGGUCGGCACAGAAACGCAUUUUUUCGACAGGAACUAUGACCGUGGACUAGACUGGUACAGAUGCCUGAUGCCACGGACUAUGGAGAGCCAGAUCACCAUGGAGAAGACGCCCAGCUACUUUGUAACAAGGGAGACACCUCGCCGGAUCUCCGCCAUGUCCCGGGACACCAAGCUGAUCGUGGUGGUGCGCGACCCUGUCACCCGGGUCAUCUCUGACUACACACAGACCCUGUCCAAGACACCUGACCUUCCCAGCUUCCAGGUUCUGGCCUUCCAGAACCAGAGUUUAGGAUUGGUUGACACGUCUUGGAACGCCAUCCGCAUCGGCAUGUACGCUCUGCACCUGGAAAACUGGCUCCGCUACUUCCCCCUGUCCCAGAUCCACUUCGUCAACGGGGAGCGGCUCAUCACGGACCCGGCUGGAGAACUGGCGCGGGUGCAGGACUUCCUGGGUCUGAAACGCAUCGUCACGGACAAACAUUUCUACUUCAACAGGACCAAAGGCUUCCCCUGCCUGAAGAAACCAGAGAGCAGCAGCUCACCCCGCUGCCUGGGCAAGUCUAAAGGUAGAACCCACAUUCAGAUAGAUCACGACACUAUCGAGCAGCUACGGGACUUCUACAGGCCAUACAAUGUCAAGUUUUACGAAAUGGUGGGUCAUGAUUUUAGAUGGGAAUAG